AUGCUGAUGCGCUUGGGUCACGCCCCGUGGAUGCAACCCCACAACAGAUUUGUGCACAGAUCACUUUCAAUGAAAGGUGAACAUCCCUGGCAAGUGUCGAUCCAGUCUUGCCGCUUCAAGGACUGUCCAGGAGACACAGUUGGGAAACAUUUCUGUGGUGGGACCCUCAUUGGACCCAGAUGGGUUCUCACGGCUGCUCAUUGCGCCUUGGCUGUGCUGAAUUUGAGCAGUGAUAGAGUGCAGAUCGUUUUUGGCACGUCCCAUAUCGACAAACUGGCGCAUCCAGCUGCGCGGACAAAGGAGAAUGAUAUUGCACUGCUGAAGUUGAAAGGAAGAGUGCAGUUUUCCAAAAAUGGCCCUCCUUCUGGACUGUACCCUGGGAUUCCAGGGCCAGAAUUGUGUGACAUUCAAGGGGAUCAUGUUGACCAAUGUGUGGUGACGGGCUAUGGACGAAUAUCUGAAGGGGGAAGAUCCUCCCCCAAGCUGAAAGCUGCAACAAUCCUUUUUGUGCCUACUGAGAAGUGCCAGAAGCAGAUUCCUCAGAAGGUCAUUCAAAAAACAAUGAUGUGUGCUGGAGCAGAAGGAAGAGAUGCCUGUCAAGGUGAUUCCGGUGGCCCUCUGGUGUGCAAACUGAAAGGCACCCCAGACAACAAGUUCUAUUUGAUGGGAGUGACCAGUUGGGGCAUUGGAUGCGCAACGCCUCACACACCCGGAGUUUACUCAGAAGUCGCCUGCUACAUGGACUGGAUUAAAAAUGUUACAAAGCAUGUGUGAACGUAUUUAUCCAUCGUCAAUUUUCAAAACUUCCACCACCUCUCACAGCUCCGACGACAGCAUACAUGGCUUAUUUGGACAUAUUUUCUGACCGGUUCAAAUUUCUUCCGAUUCCAUGCACAACGAAGUGCAAAGAAUGAUGGGCAUCAUCCAAGUUCAAAAAUUGUGAAUCCGACGUGGAAAAUGAAACAGGUUUUCUGUCCUUGAAA